AAACAAUAUAGAUCGUCUACUAAAAGGGUCAUAAUUAUACACUAUUAUAAAUACUAUGAAAGAUGUUACGAUUACCAUCACAAGACAGACUAGAAAUUCUAUAAACACUUGAAAUGAGUGGGAACAAGCGAGUGUCUGUGUCCAUCUUAGUAGUGAUGAUAAUGAUGCUAUCCAUUUCCCAAAUUACGAAAGGUAAUAAUGAUUUUGCCUUUGCUCCAAUGUCAAAAAAAGGAUUGUUGCCAAAACCAUUGUCUUGUGCGACAGACGCAGGAAAAAUUCCGGAUUGUGUAGAAGCAGUGAAGCAUUUCAAAUUUAAAAAUGUCAAAAAAGAAUGUUGCUUUAUACUACUCGGUCUUACCGAAGACUGUUUUGGAAUUUUGUUUCCUAUGCGUUUUGCGUAUCGUGAAAUGCUUAAGAUUACAUGUAAAUUGAUAGGCUUUAAGCCACCUUCUUAUUAA